UAUUUUUACGACUUUUGCGGCUUUCUGGAUUUGCGUUGGGCUUGACCAAGGGCUUGACCACUGAUCUCUACAUGGGCUUGAGUUUGACACGUUCGACGCGUUGUCGACGCGGGACUGGCGGGACGACGGCGAGCGGGAGCAGCGAGAGUGGCAAGCGCAAAAGUUUCACUGUGAGUGUGGCCGAUCAUGGGUGAUUGAUAGUGAUGACACGUGGCACCACAGGGGAUGUGAUCUCAGUGGAAGAACAGGUGGACGCUAGUGAAAGUAGCUCAGUCGUUUUCUGCUGCCACAAGGUUAUUUCCAGUUUUUAGUAUAAAGCAAUUAGCAUGGAAGCUGCAGUCUUGGCUAAUGGCAACAUAGCAUCCCAGGCUGACGAGAUUGAAGCACUCUCGGCAAUCUACCAGGAUGAAUGGAAAGUGGAAGAUGCUGCUGAUUGUGUCUACAGGAUCACACUCUGCAAUGAAAACAACAACCACAAGCUUGAUUUCAAGGUCAGGCUUCCACCGGAAUAUCCAUCUGAUGCACCUCCAAUCUACGAAAUUAGUGCACCAUGGAUGAGCCAUGAAGAUAAGACAAGACUCUCGAAUACCUUGGAAGAUCAUUAUUGUGAUCACUUGGGGGAAAAUAUACUCUUUGACUGGGUCGAAAUUGCGCGCAAAGCCCUGCUCGAAGGAACACUGGAAACCCGGGCUGGUGAUGUGCUUGUGGACCCAGUCGCACUGCUGGAAAUCAACUCUGAGGUCGACAGCACAGAUGAGCCAGAAAUCUUUCACGGUGAUACUUUGGAGGACCGUAGAAGCGUUUUCCAAGCUCAUCUAGCUGAGGUUCACAACCUCAGACAGGUGGAACAAGUCCUGAACAGGUUGAAGACAAAUCGCAAGAUUGCAGAAGCUACACACAACAUUUGGGCUUAUCGGAUUUUGCAGACAGAGCCACGAAGUGUGCUUCAAAAGGACUCUGCAGAUGAUGGAGAAACAUAUGCAGGAACCCGGCUUCUUCAUUUGUUGGAUAUUCUGGAUGCCACCAACGUCUACGUUGUGGUAACGCGGUGGUAUGGAGGAACACACUUGGGGCCUGACCGGUACAAACACAUAAACAAAGUUGCCAGGGACCUUCUCGAGUGCCAUGGUUACAUCAAGAAGCAAGGAUCAGCUGCGAAUACGAAGGGCAAAAGCAAGAAACGAAACAGCCCUGCAAAGAGGAAUUGAGAGGUUUUGUUUUAGCAUCUAAAUGGAUCUCCAACAAGUUCUUUACUAGUGCAAGGUUUUACACAACUGCUCUUGCAUUCAAUUUGCAAUUGGACGGUGUGCAUUAUAAAUGUGGGCAGGCUAAAUGCUUGCAUUAAACUGUUGAUUGACAAUCAUUGCACAUCACCGUUGUGGUGAGCUGGUGUCGUGGAAACGUUUCAGCUGUAUUUGCUGAGCAUCUGACUGUGAUAUAUGCUGUACCCCCAAAGAUUUCAUUAUGUGCCUUCGAAGACUACUAUUUCUGUAAAAGAGAAGGGAAACAAGUGUUCAAGGAAUACAGAAAAGACGCAAAUGUACAGAGCGGUCCACAAACGAAAUACGGACACAUGGCCGGCGCUCCGCACAGCGCCAGCUGCCGGCACUUGCAGAGGCUUAGCGCAAAUGCAAUGACCACCAUAGGUGGCACUUGCCACAUGUCCACAACUACUGCAUCGCAGCGUGCACCAGCAGAUGACGUGCGGCACAUACCACCUUUGGUGCUAUCUGCCUCUGCGCUGAGCCUCUGAGAGCGCUUGCAGCCGGCGCUGUGUGGAGCACCGGCCGCGCAUUCCGGUGUUCCCCUGAAGAGUGGACUGCUCUGUACAUGGCAAGAAUUAGUGAAUUGCCUCACCCUCUUUUCAGAAGAGUUUUGUAUAUUUUCAAAAAUGAAAGUGUAUGCUUGCCUGGAGAAGACAUAAAAAUAGGCCAGUGUCUUCAGAAAAAUACAUACUGUGUCACUUGGUGAAUGUUUUCAGAAUGGGGGCUACAUUUGAGAACACUUACUGUGGCAAUGAAGCCAAAGUUACUGGUGCCUGUGCACUCGUGGAGCUUGAGCGCCCAUCAAAGCUGUGCACACAUACUCUUCACUUUUGGAAUGCCACUGUGUCCCCGAGUAUAGCAGUGCUAUGCAUUCAUAAGUAUCACCCUUGGCAUUCAAGACACUACCCAGCGUAUUAGUAACAGGGCACUGCAAUUUCACAUGGCCAAAAGCCGUAAGCCUACUCUAAAAUGCUGUGGAGGCACCCACUGUUAACAUUUCGUGAACUUCAGAAUUCUGCAAAUUAUUCGCCAAGCACCCACCCCCUCCAAAGCGCCGGCAUCAGCCAAAAAUAUGCACCCUGUUGUGGAGGUCACAAGACCGCCUGUGGCGAUAUCAUGUGAAAAUAAAUGUGCUAUCUCCAAUUCCAAUCA